GGUAAUAUAUAUGACCGGUAAUAAAACGAUUCCAAUAGCAGCAUUGGAUCCUCAUCAUAUUGGAAUAAACAUAUGAAAUGAAACAGUAAAGUGUUGAAUGUAAAUAACCGUGUGGGUAUUUGUGGGUUCACGUGUACGAAGCAAAUACUCAUUUGAGAAUUCAAAAAUAGAAAGAUAGACAAGUAAAGCUUUUAAAUAUUCACAGUAGUCAGUACGGUUAGUAACCUCUAGCAUUUAACAUCUAAAAAUUUAUGUUUUUUAUGAUAAACGAUUGAGGUAAAGAUAAUUAUUUAUUAAGUUGCUAUUAAAAUUGAUGGAAUUUUACAAAGAAAAAGAAGUCAACAUUAAUGUUUUUUGAGUUACAAAAGUGUACUGACAUCAACUACAAUAGAGUCAACAUUUAGUUAAUUAUGAAUCAAUACUUAUUAAUAUUUUAGUCAACCGAAAAUUAUUAACAGUUUUUUAAAUAUAAUAAUAUUGACGUCAACGUUUAUUUAUCAACGUCAGCAGAGAGUUUGAACUUAAUUUUAACUCAACAUUUCCAUCGCUUGUCAAGUUCCAACUCAACAUCGCCAUUGUCUCUUAACUUUUAAGUCAACAUCCAUAUUGACAUCGAUAGUUAUUUAUCAAUAUCACUAUUAAUUGUCAAUUUUUAAGUCAACAUUAACAUUGAUUGUGACUUUUGAGUCAACGUCGCCAUUGUUUGUCAAGUUUGGAAUCAACGUCAACAUUUAAGUCAACCUCAACACUGACUGUCAACUUUCAAGUCAACGUCUGCAUUGAUGUCAACAAUUAUUUUUCAACAUCACUAUUAAUUGUCCAUUUUUAAGUCAACAUUGACAUUUAUUUUAAUUUUCGAGUCAACAUCAUAAUUGACGACUAACUUUUAAAUCAACAUCAACAUUGAUUGUCAACUUCUUAGUCACUAUCAAUAUUGACAUUAACAAUUAUUUAUCAAUAUCAACAUGGAUUUUAAAAUGAUAUCAUAGUUAUCAACAUCUCAAUUUCGUGAUGGCAUAAGUUACGUAAUCAACAUCAUCAUUCUGACGAUAACAGCAACUUGACUAUCAACAUUGAAGAUAUCAGUUCAAAAUUUAAUGAGUCAACUUCGAUCGACAGGAUUAAGUCAACUUUAAAAACGUUUGUCAACAUCUUUCAAAAUGUUUACCUAAAAAGUGUUCUAAAACCAACUCUAUUAGUUUUCAUACCAACAGAUUAUAAAAGUCAACAUCUACUGAGUCGAGUUUCUAAUCAACACGACUUUUAACAUCAACUCAAUUAACUGAAUCGUUCAGUAGAUCAGUACUCCCAUUCUUUUCAACAUCAACAUCACAUAAAAAAUAAAACGAAAUACAAUCAUGACUAAAAUGCGAUCAUCAUCACGAUCCUGUAACUCAUCAACAACUUCAGUCAACGGAGACCCACGUGAGAAAAUAAAAGACUGCUGCCGAAAAUUGGUCGCAUUUAUGUGUACCCAAGUCGGUGUCGGAGGUCUCGUCGUAGGCUACGCAAUUGUCGGUGCUCUAGGAUUCAUCAGCAUCGAAAGACAAGUUGAGUAUCCUCAUAUUGAAGAAAUGCGGCUGCUGCGUAAAAAUUACAGUGAAAAAUUGUGGACAGCAACUGCUGCUGAUCGACAUGUUAAUAUUCUCAAUAAAACGGCAUUUAGACGCCAUACCGACGGGUUGUUGAAAGAAUUCCAAAUAGAAAUAGUGAAAGCCGUUAAACUUGGUUACAAUGGCAAGUCUGUUCAAGAUGUUUGGUCACUACCUGCUGCAUUGAUGUUCUGUUUAUCAGUUUUUACCAUGAUUGGAUAUGGUAACAUAGUCCCCAGAACAAUGUUGGGCAAAGGGGCUACUGUAGUCUACGCCAUUUUUGGUAUUCCUCUAUACGUUUUAUAUUUCUUGAACAUGGGGAAAGUUCUCGCCCAAACAUUCAGAUGGUUAUACAGAUGGUUCCACGAGUGUACUGGACGUAAAAAACCAGGACAAAGGAUAAUAGUCCCCUCAACAGCAUGUCUAUGGGUAAUCUUUGGCUACAUCCUGAUAGGGACUAUCAUGUUCGCACAGUGGGAAGAAUGGGACUAUCUGGACAGCGCUUAUUUCUGCGUGACUUCUCUUUGCAAGAUAGGCAUGGGUGACUUUGUACCAGGUGCAAAUAUCGUCGAAGCCAAAAGUGGAAGCCACCUUAAAUUAGUUAUUAAUUUUGUUUACUUACUUUUGGGACUGGGGUUGGUUGCGAUGUGCUACAACCUGAUGCGUGAAGAUGUUAGAGUAAAAGCGCGUGAAUUGCGUGAAGAAAUAAUUGACGCUUUUGAAGAGUUCAAGUAUAGAAUGGUACACUGCUGUCGUGGCAAUUGAACACGUUGCUCAAGUAACAAUUUACAUAGAAAGUUGCUGGUUAAGACAUUGAUCACCAAAAUUUUUCGAUAGAUAUUACAUAGACUUGCUCAAGAUGACACACAAGCGACAAUCUUGCUGCACCCGGGUUAAAAAAAUAACUUGAUUUUGACUUUCUUUGAUCAAUUAACCUGAUCUGUACUACAUCUAUUUUAUUCAACUCAUGCAAGUAUAAGCUAAUGGGUCUUACGCAAGUAUUUUAGCCAAGUACUGCAACAGAUUUGCUUGAGAUAUCUUACAGAAAUAUUUUACCUUAGACUUGUCCAAGAUUGAUCAUGUAGAGUUGCUUAAGACUUAAGAUACAAAUUUACAUAAAACUUUUUUAAGAAUGCUACUAGAGAUAAGUCUAUGAAUAAGUAUAUAAUAUAAGUAGUCAUUUGGAGCAACUGUGUGCAGCGGGUAAGUGUACGCAAACCCAUUCGUUUCGGACUGGAAUGCAUGAGCUUGCACACACUUACCCACAGCUCACGCUUGGCCCACAUGACUCUACACGGAAAGAAUUUUUUGAUAAAAAUUACUCUGUAAUUUCGAGUAAUUCUGGGCCGUUGCAAAAAAUUGGUAUUUUUUGUUUUAAAUUUAAUAUUUUUUGUUUAAAUAUUAACGUUGCUAGACCAUGUUCUACUCUACUACUGAGUAAUUUAAUAAAAGUCUUAUAUUUAAUCGAUUAUUGUGAAUAUCUCAUCUUAAUCUAUUCAUUUUUACUCCAUGCGAUUAAUUUUUACUCCCCAAUAUACUAUUCUUCUAAACCCAUUAACUUUUUGAUGAAAAACUGCUUAUAACUCAAAUAAAUUUUCUUAUGUAUGGAAGUAAUUUUUACUCUAAACUGCAGAGUAAUAUUUCAGUAGUCUCCGUUAAUCUUCGGUUAAUAUCGGCUUCAAUUAAAUGUCUUUUAUUUUGCUCGCGACAACUUACAUAUGUUACGCACACAAACGUAGGGUUGGAAAAAAAGACGAUCUCUGUAUCUCUCUAUAACUUAAUAUUUACUUUAAAAUUAAAAAAAAAUUUGUAUCUUUUCUUUUUCAACACAAUAAGAGUAAUUUUUUUUUAUUAUUUUUCAAAAUAUUUAUUUUAAGUCAUAUUCUAAAGCAAUUAGAUGAUUUUUAGAUUUUUUAUGAAAAUUUCAGUCUAUUAAUUGUAAUUUUUAUUGUAAUUCAAUAUAAAUUUUAUAAAUUGAAUCAUCAACUUUUUAUCAUAACCUACGAGUAAAAAUUGAAUUAGAGAGAAUUUAUUUAGACAGCUGCUAGGUGUAAUUUUUACUCGUAAUUGUGAGUAAAAAUUAAUCUGAUUGAUUUUUACUCACUGAAAGAGUAAAAUUUCGUAAUGCGAAAGUAAAAAGUCGUGAUGGCCCAAGAUUAAUCGAUUUAGAGUAAUUUUUAGAAUAAAUAACAUGGCAAUAUUCAUACGAAAAUUCUUUCCGUGUACAUAAUCUCAAAAAAGAAUCAGUGUUCGUAACUAAAAACUGUAUUCUAAAAAAUAAUGAAAACGUUUAUGAUUAAAAUUAUUAUUUAUUCAAAACAAGGAAUUUCAUAAAAAGUUAUAAUGAAUAA